GAAAAUAUAUUAAAACUUUUAAACUUAAUAAAAAAUGUGAUAGUGUACCGUUUUCCCAUCUGAAAAUUAAAAGCUAAAACCAUUUUCUUUUGUUGCAGCAAUUUCUGUAUGCAUAUUAAAAAAUCCAACAAGAAAAUUAAAAGUGAUAAUUUAUUAUUAUUAUUAAUUUUUUUUUUUUCAAUUGCGUAUCAAAAACAUUAUUCGUCCCCAUUUUUGCUGAUCAGACCUAGGAUUAGGGUUUCUACUUUCUACCACUUCAUCAACAAAUCACCCAUAUCACAAGUCUUCCCUUUCCUCUCUCAUGCGAAAAUGCGCGAUCUUCAAGAAAUUCUCUCCCCGUCAGGUCUCCAAAUACCCCUCACUCUUGGCUCGAAUUUGACAGUACCAGUCGGAGAUUCGGGUCCACGAUUGUACGGCUGGCUCACAGACUGCCAUGGGUUUUGGCAUAAUGCGGCCCUGAUCUUGGCAUCGCUUCUGUUCGUCCUGUACCUGGGUUUUCAGGCCAGACAGAGCUUGCCUAAGCUCUCCCAUGGCCGCUCUUAUAUUAUGAUUUCAUAUUACGCGUGCCUUUGGAUUGUCAGUUUGCUCAAUCUUAGUUGGUGCCUUUUUCAGGCAUGGGAGUGCACUCCAGGAAAAGAAAUGGCUUGGAAUGUCCUAUCUUUGUUUACCAAGGCUGGGAUGCUGUUUUUGGAAGUAAGCUUGCUGGCUUUUCUAUUCCAAGGAAAUUCCGUAAAUGGAUUAGAGGCUUUGACACGUACUUUUGGUAUCUCAGGGCUUGUUGUUGGUUUGGACAUAGUUCUGAAGGCAAUAUAUCUUUUUGCAUUUGGAAUCCCAUUAUUCAUUGACAGCAAUGAUCAAACACAUAAAAUGAAGUGGGGCUUGUGGGUUGUCCACAAGAUGGUGCUUACUGCAAUUUAUGGCUCUAUAUUGUUCAUGUACAAUUCCAAGUGGAGAGAAAGAUUACCAGCAAGACCUGCUUUCUACAAAUACACUGCAAUCAUGUUCUCAUUAAAUGCAGUGUCGCUAUUUGCUUGCGGACUUACAGGGAAUGGGGCUGGUUUUGGAUUCUGGUUAUAUGGCACUACCAUUGUCUGUUACCAUGCUUUUUAUCUUCCUCUUAUUUAUGCAACAUUUCUUGCCGACUUUUUCAUGGAGGAAAAUUUGAACUUGGAAAAUGCAUACUACUCGGAGAUGAAAGAUGCCGGUUUCUUCGAUGCUGAUUGGGAAUGAAAUCAUCUCACAUGAUGAUGUAGUGGUAGUUUGUUACACUGUUGAUUGUAAAUACACAAGUAAAUAUUUUAUGACACAGCAAUGUCAAGUCAAUACACUGAUUGACCCAAUCCUUAUCUUAUUGGUAGUCUGUCUUGUUACUCAAUUGUAUGACACAGCAAUGUCAAGUCAUAUGUGCUUAAGCUUGCUCCUGUAAUCGUAUAUAAGGAAGGCAAAUAUAUAUCAUGACUUCAGGUGUUCACAAAUGGUGUAAUCAUCAACAAAUGAACAAUGAAAUUCACAAGAAAAAAGGACUCCAGUUUAAUAACAAAAAGUUAAUUACUUCA